CUGGACAUAUGAUUACCAAGAAGAAUAUAUAUUUUUUUCCACAACGGACAUUAUAGCAUGCAGUGGUAGCCUACAUUGAGAUAUUGAGAUAGAUUGAGUGACUGGUUGUGGUCUUGUAAUAACGCAUGAUGGUCUGACUUAAUGAGUUGAUCUUUAUUUAGGGCUGCAGUUGCGCCAAAACUGGUUUCAGCUACUAGAACUAGUCGUCAGUCACAUCUACUGGAUUAGUUUCGGAGGUCAGCAGUAUUGGAGGUCUGCCUGGGCUUGCCUGUUUAUGGAUUGUACACAGGAGUGAAUCUCACUUGGAGGGAAGUUGGAGGCAGCCUACUUUGCCUUGAACUGGUGGAAAAUGUCAAGUACUUUGCAAGAAAUCCAAAAUCUGAACCCAAAACCACAUACCCGUGAACCAGCAGCACUAGUUAACAAGGAGGAUGUUUUUGUGGAGCCAAAUUUAUUGACAAAAACGCCGCGGAAAGUCUCGCUGUCAGAGGGCCAACAGAGCAUGGGGCCCCUGACCACUCCCGACAAGGGCAAAGGUCCCCUUAGCUGUGAGCCCUGGACUCCUACCUCAAACCUUAAAAUGCUCAUAAGUGCAGCCAGCCCGGAAAUACGCAACCGAGAACGAGAACUGGUCAAGGACGACACGGAAGUGGAAGACUCAGAAAACACAGCACAGAUGACCCAGGACCCUGAACUAGGGGAAGAAGCGGAGAAGCUUCAAAUUAGCCGAAAAGAGAAAAGCCUCGGCCUCCUCUGCCAGAAGUUCCUGGCUCGCUACCCCGACUACCCCAACCCUGCACUUAACAACGACAUCUGCCUCGAUGACGUGGCUGUUGAACUGAACGUGGAGCGCCGGCGCAUCUACGACAUCAUGAACGUUCUGGAAAGCCUACACAUGGUGAGCCGGCUGGCCAAGAACAGGUACACGUGGCACGGGCGCUCCAACCUGCCCCAGACACUGGCCAUGCUGCGCAAGGUGGGCGAGGAGCAGCGCUACAGCCAGCAGAUGCAGCAGCUGCGGCAGUGGAGCCUGGACCAGGAGGAGAGGGAGUUCGACCUGGAGGGAGAGGAGAAGGAGAAUGACGAGGCCUUCCUGCCGGACGUGGACGGCGAGAGCGGGCAGAGGGAGGUGUGCUUUGUGGAGCUCCCCGGGCUGGAGUUCAGAGGUGCUUCAGUCAACAGUCGCAAGGACAAGUCUCUUCGGGUGAUGAGUCAGAAGUUUGUCAUGCUGUUCCUGGUGUCCAGUCCUCCCGUGGUGAGCCUGGAGGUCGCCGCCAGAAUCCUUAUCGGAGAGGACCAAGUGGACGACAUCAACAAAUGCAAGUUCAAGACCAAGAUCCGGAGGCUGUAUGACAUUGCUAACGUCCUGAGCAGUCUGGAUCUGAUCAAGAAGGUGCACGUUACUGAGGAGAGGGGGAGGAAGCCGGCUUUCAAAUGGACCGGGCCAGAGGACCUGCCAUCCCCUAAAGAAGUGCUCAAAACCACCACCUCCACAUCGUCGUCCUCCAACACCACCGCCAACGCCGCAGCCACGAGAACGCUGGGGUCGCGGGCGUCCAUCGAGAACUGUGCCAAGAACCUCUUCUCCUCCUCACCCUCGGCCGGCGGCGGCGGGAAGAGAGGCUUCACCCGCCACCCCUCCCUGAUGAAGAUGGUCAAGAGCAUCCAGGACGACCGGCGAAAGAUCAACUCGGCGCCCUCCAGCCCCUCACGACUGACCUCCAAUGAUUCAUCUAGCUCAGAGUUCCACCCGACUAAGAUGGCCCAGCUGGCGGCAAUAUGCAAAAUCCAGUUGGACCGACAGUCAAAAAAGCCCAACAAAGACUCAAAAGGGUGUUCCAAGGAGGAUCUUAGAAGUACGAAAUCUGAGGACACAGUUGCCAAACCAUCGGAAGAAAAAACAGCCACCACAGCCUCAACACAGUCGGCCUCUGAGGUCCACGUGAAGGACACCACCAGGGUACCUGUGCCUCUCCUGACCCCCACGACCCUCUCCCACAUCCCAGCCACGUGUUCGCCUCUCAUCCCCGUCUUGCUGCCCCAGCACCAGAUGGGGGGGCCCAUAACCGUUUACAUGCACCCAGCCUCCCUCAGGCCUCACGCCACCACCCGGCCUGCACCCACCAGCCUCGCCGUGCGCUCCAUGACGUUCGAGAGUCCUGGGGACCCCGCCAGCAAGCGGUCACCGCCAAUGGGUACCUCCUCCUCUGGCGCCCAGACUAACGGGGUGUCUGGCAACGGAGAGGCUGACAGCCCUUCAGCGCAGAAGCGAAAAUCUGGGAACGGGGUCGGAACUGAGAACAGUCCAUCGAAAAUGAAAAAGAUCAACGGCUCAUCUGAGGGCGUAUCUCCAAAGCUGUGCGAGAUCCUCCAGGCGCGUCUCAAGGCUCGCCGCGGCGGCAGCCUGGUGUCCAGCCGGCCCUCCCCGCGAGCCCUCCACCUGGACCCGGAGUUCACCAAGUUCACCCCCGAGAACCAGAACCACCAGGCGUCGCCCCUGUCCAGCCACGGCCAGCCCCUGGAGCACAGCGUGGAGACCUUCCUGGAGAAGGAGGAGAGGGCCGCCGCGUCGGAUAGUGAAGCCGGCCUCACCCCACUCCACCCCACUCAGAUCAGGGCCAAUAAUACAGCAGCAGGGCAGACACACGCAGGCAUCUCACUACAGGAGCUGGUCAUACCGGCCGGACACCUACCUGCUGAGACUCUGAUCCCCACAGGCUACCUGAUACCCAUCACGCCCCAGUCAUUCCUCAGCUAUAAGGACGGGGAGAGCGGCAAAGCAUCCACGCCCUCAAGCAUCUACAAAACCCCCACUGCAGGCUCCAGGCCCAUCCACAUUCAGGAGUUCACCCCCACCGGCAUGACCCUCCACCCGGCCGCCCAGUUGUCCCCGUUCGCCCCCCACCUCCAGCGUGCACACAGCCCCAGCCCAGCCAUCCUCAACUUCACCCUGCAGAACAUCGGCCUCAUCCCCACGGCGGGCUCCACCAUACCCACCUCCUCUUCCGCGUCCACCGCCGAGCACGCCAGCCCUCUGAUGACCACGGCCCACAUUGGGCUGCCUCACAGGGGGGGCAUGAUCUUCGCCAAGCCCAUGUCUCCGGCAGGGACGCUCCAGCCCAUAGGCGCCAACCAGCCUCUGGCCCUCUUCAGUUUACAACAGCCCAUCAUCGCCACGCAGAAGGGCUCCCCGUCCAUCCAGCACAGCCUCUUCCAGACCCCCGUGUCCUCCCUCACCGCCAUGACCACGGGGGGCCUGGCCACCAAAACCCUCUACAUCCCCCAGAGGAAACUAGACGUCCCUGUCAGCCCAGAGGAGGCCUGAGGCUGAGGGGAAACACUGGGAACCAGGGACACACAUCUGACUGCUGCUGCUACUGACACACCCUGAGCCUGUGUGUGUGUGUGUGUGUGUGUGUGUGUGUGUGUGUGUGUGUGUGUGUGUGUGUGUGUGUGUGUG